GACGAGACAGACAGCGAGGCUUCAAACCCAAGCCCGAACCCACGAGCUCCGUCCAUUCCGCUCGCGGCUACCUCCGGCCUCCGACCUCCGCCCAAAACCCAAUCCAGAGCCAGGCCAACCAAACCCUAGGCACCCCGCGCCACGCCUCGCGCGCGCGUGGCAUCCAUGGGCUGACCGCGUCGCGGUGGGGGAGCCCCGGAUCCGGAGCUAGGGUUCCGCCGGUCCUCGGCGGCACCGCCAUGGAGUGGGACAGCGAGUCCGACGGCGCCGGCAGCGUCGGCGCCGGCGAGGAGGAGCAGGAGCAGGAGGAGGAGGAGGAGGAGCGGCGAAGCGAGGGUGGAGGUGGCGACGCCGGGGGUGCCGGUGGGAUGUUCACGUUCGCGAUUGAAGGCAUGCUGCGCGCGUCCGGGCCGUGCGGGCUCGUCGUCACCGACGCGCUCGAGCCUGACUGCCCCAUCAUCUACGUCAACCGCGGCUUCGAGGAGGCCACGGGCUACCGCGCUGAGGAGGUCCUCGGCAGGAACUGCCGAUUCCUGCAGUGCAGAGGACCAUUUGCUCGAAGGAGGCACCCCCUAGUUGAUGCUGCAGUGGUGUCAGAGAUUCGAAGAUGCAUAGACAAUGGCAUUGAAUUCCGUGGUGAUUUACUAAAUUUCAGAAAAGAUGGAACUCCAUUGAUGAACAGGUUGCAUCUGACCCCUAUAUAUGGAGAUGAUGAAACCAUAACACAUUAUAUGGGCAUUCAGUUCUUCACUGAUGCGAAUGUUGAUUUGGGACCAUUACCCUGUUCAAUGACAAAGGAACCAGUGAGGUCAACGCGGUUUGCUCCAGAUAACUCAUUUCGACCCAUUUCUACGGGGCCAGAGCACAGCAAUUUCUGCCGGGAAUAUUCUAGCCUGUUCCAGUUAACGGAUGAAGUGCUUUGUCAAAGUAUACUGUCAAGGUUGUCACCAAGAGAUAUAGCGUCUGUGAGCUCUGUGUGCAGGCGCUUGUAUCAUUUGACAAGAAAUGAAGAUCUCUGGAGAAUGGUUUGCCAGAAUGCUUGGGGUAGUGAGACUACUCGAGCUCUUGAGACAGUGCCUGCUGCCAGAAGGCUGGGCUGGGGUCGGCUGGCAAGAGAAUUGACAACCUUGGAAGCUGUUGCCUGGAGGAAAUUGACAGUUGGGGGUGCAGUGGAGCCAUCUCGAUGCAAUUUCAGUGCCUGUGCUGUGGGGAACCGUGUUGUUCUCUUUGGCGGGGAAGGUGUUAACAUGCAACCGAUGAAUGACACGUUUGUAUUGGAUUUAAAUGCUAGCAAUCCAGAGUGGAGGCAUAUCAAUGUGAGCGCAGCUCCUCCAGGUCGCUGGGGCCAUACUCUGUCAUGCUUAAAUGGCUCUUGGUUGGUUGUUUUUGGUGGAUGUGGAAGGCAGGGUCUGCUUAACGAUGUAUUCAUGUUGGAUUUGGAUGCAAAACAACCAACCUGGCGUGAGAUACCUGGAGUUGCACCCCCAGUUCCGCGUUCAUGGCACAGCUCCUGCACUUUGGAUGGAACAAAGUUGGUAGUUUCCGGUGGCUGUGCUGAUUCAGGUGUACUCCUCAGUGACACAUAUCUUCUUGAUGUAACCAUGGAUAGACCAGUUUGGAGAGAAGUUCCUGCAUCCUGGAAACCGCCAUCUAGGCUGGGGCACUCAAUGUCUGUGUAUGGUGGCAGGAAGAUCCUGAUGUUUGGUGGUCUUGCUAAGAGCGGCCCUCUGCGGCUCCGGUCUAGUGAUGUGUACACAAUGGACUUGAGUGAAGAAGAGCCUUGCUGGCGAUGCCUCACUGGUAGUGGAAUGCCUGGGGCUGGAAAUCCUGCUGGUGCAGGUCCACCUCCUCGUCUCGAUCAUGUUGCUGUGAGUCUGCCAGGUGGAAGAAUUUUGAUAUUUGGUGGCUCAGUGGCAGGUCUUCACUCAGCAUCACAGCUUUAUCUGUUGGAUCCAACUGAAGAUAAGCCAACCUGGAGAAUACUGAAUGUCCCUGGGCGCCCUCCUCGAUUCGCCUGGGGCCACAGCACCUGUGUUGUUGGAGGGACAAAAGCAAUCGUGCUUGGUGGGCAAACUGGAGAAGAGUGGAUGCUUACAGAAAUACAUGAGCUUUCUUUGGCAAGCAACUCAGUUUGAGUUCAAAUUAAUGCGCUUCUCUCAUGCAACCUGAAGCUUGAUUGUCUUCACCAGCAGAACUAGAAGAAUGGACGAUGAGCAUACUGAAUCUUCUGGCAGCUACUUGGAUUUACUUGGGAGAUGAAAUGGUUUCCACUGGUUUGCUGCUUUAUGUAGACACAAAGGGUAGUGAUAUGUUCAUUUUUAUUGCCGUUUGUUUGGCCUUUUUUACCAGAUAAUUACAAUUCAUAAGCUACUAUUGUGGAAUGAGUACCAAAUUUUAUAUGUAUUCUCAGAUGUUUCUUACUUGCAAUAUGUUAGGAAAACAAAAGACUACCUGUAUAUAGUUUAAUCUUUUGAUGUACGGUACAUGGAAAACUUGAGGCUGCUGUCUUGUGGCUCAGACGCACAGCUUGAUGGCAUGAUGUAUGGUGAUCACCCAUCAACCGUGUUUUUUGUAGAACUUGUAAAUGUAGAAGUUUCAGUCUGGUGGGCUUAGCUCAGUAUCGGUUUACUUGUCUUCUACUGUAUUUCACAUCUUUUGUAUUAUCAUGGACAUGAUUGAGCA